AGAAAAAUGCGUCACUGCCAAAGAAGACAAACAUGGCCAAACUGAAAUGAAAAUACCCGAUUUUAUUAAGGAACUAAGUCUACAUGAUAAUAAUCCUGAAGACGAAGAACCUGACAAUGAUAAAAAGGAAGAGAAUGGGAAUAAGAAAGGUGAAAAUAAAAAAGAAGAAGUAAAUAAGAAAAAGGAAGUUGCCAUAGAAGAAGAAAGAAAUAUAUAUGAAGUAGAAAAUCUUUCUAAAACUAUAGAAUUUGAGCCAAAACAAGAUAUACAUAUACUUUCUCCACAAGCUGACGAUGACGUUUAUCUAGACUAUGAUCAAAUGUAUGACACUUCACCUGGAGAGUUCUUACAUGAAGAAAUUGAAAGAAAUGAAGAA